CUUUUUUACAUUUCUUUAAUCUUAUUUAAGCACUUCUUUUUCCAUGGAUGCAUCCUCUAUACGUCUAUGGUUGUCUCCUUUCAUUCCCUUUCGAGUAGUUUUGGUUAGCUGUUGCACACAUUGAAGCAUCUCAUAGUGAAUGAUUCAGAUUCACUUCUUUUCUUUUAUUCCACAUUUCCACAUCAACGCCUUUAAAUUUGGUGUAUAAAUACCCCAUUGCCUUCUCAUAUUUUUUAGCAUCAUCUCUUGUUUGUGUUUUGAAUCUUGAAAGCUCUCUCAGAAGUAAAACUACAAAACCUUUAGAGGAGACAAAUACACUUGAACAACAAAUGAGUUAUUCUCGUCAAAGCAUGGCUUCUGGUAGUAGAAAUGCAAGGGGCUACGAAUUUGGAAGGACUUAUGUCGUGAGGCCUAAAGGAAAGCAUCAAGCCACUCUAGUUUGGCUUCAUGGUCUUGGUGACAAUGGGUCUAGCUCAUCUCAGCUCAUGGAAAGCUUACGUCUUCCAAAUAUCAAAUGGAUUUGUCCAACCGCUCCUUCGCGUCCUGUUACAAGUCUUGGUGGAUUUACCUGCACUGCUUGGUUUGACGUCGGGGAAAUUUCUGAAGACGGCCAUGAUGAUUUUGAAGGUUUAGAUGCAUCAGCUUCACAUAUUGCUAAUCUUUUGUCCGCUGAACCAGCAGAUGUUCAAGUGGGCAUAGGUGGUUUUAGCAUGGGAGCAGCAAUAUCUCUCUACUCCGCGACUUGUUAUGCUCUUGGACGUUAUGGAACUGGCCAUGCUUAUCCUAUUAACCUACGAGCUGUUGUAGGACUCAGCGGCUGGCUUCCUGGUUGGAAGAGCUUAAGGGGUAAAAUAGAAUGUUCAUAUGAGGCUGCAAGGCGUGCUGCAUCGUUACCAAUCAUACUUACACAUGGGACUUCCGAUGAUGUGGUUCCUUAUAGGUUCGGAGAGAAGUCUGCGCAGUCUCUUGCCAUGGCUGGAUUUCGACAAGCCAUGUUUAAACCAUAUGAAGGACUUGGUCACUAUACUGUUCCCAAAGAAAUGGAUGAGGUUGUUCACUGGCUCACAACGAGGCUCGGGCUUGAGGGCUCGCGCUAAAAUUUUACAAAACUACGAUGCAUCUAGCUAUAUAUAGAGGCGAUAUGGUCGAGUAUAAGAUCACAAAUAAUAACUGGGAACGGAAAGGCAUUGGUGGAAAGCAUGAAUGAAAUUAGUGUAGACUUGAGAUAUACUAGUAGAAUGUAUGUAUAAUGGGUUGGGUUUCUUGGGGUAUAUAUAUAUAUAUUUAUUGUUCA